AUGUCUAUCAUGGGAUAUUCAGAUCUUUGCUUAGGCACACAAGUGACCUUCACCACUCCCUCGCCUCAGAAGUGGGUUCUCGAGGAGAAGCUCACCAAAGGAUUUCCAAAGAGUUACCAUCCUGCGACAGACAGUAGCAAGAAGGCAUUCAUGAGAAUUUACUUUCAGAUUCCCAACCCCGGAACAGAGUUCCAGCUCCCCCGGCUUCGACAACAACAGGCAGCUCCACCCCGUCAGCAUUUAGAGCUACAAGCUUUGAAGGAUCUCAGUAAACAACACUGUACCGUGGUCCCAGCUCUCCUCGCCCACAAAGAAGGAAAGCAAGGCAAGGACGGCCUGGUUCCAGACGGCUAUAUAACAAAUAUUGUGUGGGAAAUGGUCAGCGGGAAGCCACUUGAUACGGAUCAGUUCUGGAGGCCUGAAUCGGCGCGGUUACGCGAGGCCGUCCGUACGAAGUUCCGCCAUAUCUGGGAGGAGUUGAAGCGUCAUGGAUGGUAUCCAGGGCUCCCUCUUUUGCAGAAUAUUAUCUACGACGAGUCAACCGGGGAUAUGCACAUUGCCGGUUUCCGAGACCCCGACCGCUUCGAUCCCGACGAGAAAUUUUCCGAUAUGACCUUUGUCUUCUGGCGUUUAACUAGGCCACCCAGAAAGUCCGGUUGGGAGAAAGACCCUACCAAGUGGGCCUGGUAA